GCUACAACCAACACAAGACAAAUAAAUGCAUUCUAACGUUUAUCCCAACUCGUGUCGUACUGUAUAGGCUCUACAAUUUGUCUUAUGGUUGUUGAGCUUUAACUAACUGGGCUCUCCUUCAAUUUACCACUAUGGGUAGAAAAACCAAAACAUCUAACAACAACAGACCUAAGGGCAAUGUUCCUCGUGUUCUUCAUUUUGAUCCUGAUCGCCCAAUUGUUCCAUGGGUCCGUAAUUUUCACGCUUACGUCGAAGAGAUACCUUUCCGCAAGCUGGAUAACCGCUGUACAACUUCCGAACGCAGCGCUAAAAUCAAUACCUUCAUGAAUGUGAAGAAACCAGAAACUACUGCCUCUUCCGACCCUCCUCCGCAGCCUGAUGCUGUUACUACUACUGUACCCGACCCAACUUCUGCUAACGAUGUUCCUGAGGAUGAUGACAAUAACUCUACUGAUUUAUCAGAUUCAUCUUAUUCUUCUCCUCGUCCCCCGAAACCGGUAGGACCAUUCCGUUGGUCUCGCUCUCGCAACCGUUGGGUUUAUCGUUACAAACAUGAUGCCUUUAAUUCUUCCGGUGAACUUAAUGACUGGUAUGAUGGCUUCGUCUGGGAUAUCUACAAAGAAACAUGGAUCCUCGAGCACCCUGAGUUGUUCCACCAAGACCCCCGUACAAAGACUUGGCGUCAUGCUUUGCCAGUUCUUCCUCCCAUACAUGCAUCCAUCAGCGAUGACAUGCUGUUGUCCAACCUCAAAGUAGGUGCUGACCGUGAUUGCCGAUCGGUUCACUCACUCCUCCUUCCUGUUGCCAAUGACCCCUUCAACAUGGAUUGCCUCUAUAAAUUGCUCUGCUAUGAUGCAGACAUCAUCAUCCAAUUUCUGGAUACAAUGCAUCAGAGGUUCAGCGAUUUCUUCAACAUUUGUCUAGACAACUAG